AUGGCUUCUCCUCAGGUCAUCCGUACCCCGAUCACCGAUCUUCUCAAGAUCAACCACCCUGUCUUGCUGGCAGGCAUGAACGUGGCAGCAGGCCCCAAGCUGGCCGCCGCUGUCACCAACGCCGGUGGUCUUGGUGUAAUCGGUGGUGUCGGCUACACCCCCGAUAUGCUUCGCGAGCAGAUUACCGAGCUGAAAAGCUACCUGACCGACAAGAACGCCCCCUUCGGUGUCGACCUUCUUCUCCCCCAGGUCGGCGGCAGUGCCCGUAAGACCAACUACGACUACACCAAGGGCAAGCUCGGCGAGCUCGUUGAUAUCAUUAUCGCCGAGAAGGCUAGCUUGUUCGUCUCUGCCGUCGGUGUUCCCCCCAAGGCCGUUGUCGAGAAGCUCCACAGUGCCGGUAUCCUCUGCAUGAACAUGAUCGGUCACCCCAAGCACGUUGCCAAGUGCUUGGACGUCGGCGUCGAUAUCAUCUGUGCUCAGGGUGGUGAGGGUGGCGGCCACACUGGUGAUGUCCCGACCACCGUCCUCAUCCCCACUGUUGCCAAGCUGGUCCAGGGCAAGAAGAGCCCUCUGACCGGCCAGCCCGUGCAGGUCAUCGCCGCCGGUGGUCUGUUCAACGGUAACUCUGUUGCUGCUGCUCUCAUGCUCGGUGCCUCUGCUGUCUGGGUCGGUACUCGCUUCAUCUUGUCUGAUGAGGCCGGUGCCCCCAAGGCUCACCAGGAGGCUGUUCGCACCUCUGGCUUCGAGGACAACAUCCGUACUAUCAUCUUCACUGGUCGUCCCCUCCGUGUUCGCAAGAACCCUUACAUCCUCAACUGGGAGGAGAACCGUCACGAGGAGAUUAAGCAGCUCACCUCCAAGGGUGUCAUCCCCGUCGAGCACGACAUGGAGAACCUGCCCGAUGACGUUGACGACGACACUCUUGAUAACGCCCGUCCUUUCCUGAUGGGCAAGGUCGCUGCCGUUGUCAACGAGAAGAAGUCCGCCAAGGCCAUCGUCGAUGAGCUCGUCACGGAUGCCGCUGCUCUGCUCCAGAAGGGCAACAAGAUGGUUGCCAAGCUGUAA